AUGGCUGACGACGAAAAUGUUCCGACCGUCUCAGACGCCGGGUCGUUUGAUUUAAGCAAGAAGAAGAAGAAAAAGAAGAAGGAUCGGUCUGCGGAAGAGGAAGCCGCUGACGUGGCAGAAGUCGCCGCGAAGGUCGAAGACUUGUCAGUGGAAGACUCCGUUGAGCCUGUGGACUUCGGUGCGAAGAAGAAGAAGAAAAAGAAGCCGCAGGCUGAUGGGGAGGCCGCAGACGGCGAGAAGGAGAACGAUGCUGCGGAGGAGGGAGCGGCGGGAGAGGAAGGGGAAGGACUGGAAUUGAAGCUGGAGAAGAAGAAAAAGAAGAAGCCGAAGCAGCGCACGGAGGAGGAGGUGGUGGAGGCGGAGGAACACGCCAAGGCCGCUGAGGAGGACGAGGAGGAGGAUGAUGAGGAGGGCGCUGGGGAGGGGGAGGAGGAUGAGGAGGCGGAGGGGAUCGAGCUGGGAGGUCCCACGAAGCUUCCGUGGGAGGGGACUGACCGGGAUUACAAAUAUGAAGAGCUGCUGGGUCGUGUGUUCAACAUCCUGAGGGAGAACAACCCUGAGCUGGCUGGAGACCGUCGCCGAACCAUCAUGCGCCCUCCCCAGGUGCUGCGAGAAGGAACCAAGAAGACUGUUUUCGCCAACUUCAUGGACCUCUGUAAAACCAUGCAUCGGCAGCCGGAGCACGUGAUGGCAUUCCUCUUGGCUGAGCUGGGAACCAGCGGGUCUCUUGAUGGGCAGCAGCGGUUGAUUGUGAAGGGACGUUUCGCGCCCAAGAAUUUUGAGGGCAUUCUGAGGCGAUACGUCAAUGAGUAUGUGCUGUGCAAUGGCUGCAAGUCACCAGACACCAUUCUCUCCAAGGAGAACCGACUCUUCUUCCUGCGAUGCGAACAGUGUGGCUCGCAUCGUUCUGUCGCACCCAUCAAGGCUGGUUUCGUGGCUCGCGUUGGCCGCCGCAAGGCCGUCAAGGCCUGA